CCCCCUUUCCACUGCAGUGAGUUAGAAGGCUGCUCUCUCACUGCACUUGUGCAUGCUUGCUCUUUAUGUCAGCCACCAUUCUCCCUUGUAAAAUUGGAGUCUUAAUUGGUUGCCUUUGAUUAGGUCUGUGUGCUGCACUACUGGCCAUUUGUAGAAUUUGGUGCUGAACCUGUGAAGAGUUUCUUCCCAUGAUUUAAGGAUGGGGGGAGGGCCAACGUUUCAAAUCAUAGGGAGUAACUCUCUACAGAGAGCACUGAACUUGUGUGCACGGAGCACAUCAGUGGCAGAGGAUGCUGGAAGCUGGUGUGCUCCCAGGGCUGUCUCGAAGGCUGUCUGGCUUUUAUGGGUCCCAGAGCAAAAAGAACUUGCAGCCCCCCAGCCCCCUUGAUGAAUCAGUUCCAGCCCUACUGGAACUAGAAAAGUCUCUUUUGCUGUGUUGCAAUGUGGGGCCUUUGUAGGCACGAGACCCUGGAUGACCACCUGCCCCCUUCAGACAACUCUGCAUGCUUGCAUUCCCUUUGUGCCUGGGUAUGCUGUCCUCGCUUCUUGAACAAUACAGGAGUGCCUUAAACUUCACAGGCCUGUUGUGGGAAACAAAAUGUGGAGGUGGGAGAGAACUACCCUGAUCUUUUUGAAGGAAAGAAAGAACGGUCAUUCAUACAACUGCUGCAGCUAAGGAGGGGGAGCUUUGCACCUACAUUCCCCCACACAACCGCCUUUCCCUCCCAAUCAUGCUGCUCACCCACCCGGUGACGAUCGUCACUGUGGUGAGCAGCGCAGCAAUCUGCAGGCCGGGGAAGCAAAGCCCGGCUUUCAGGAACCCCACAUUGUGGAAACUCUAGAGGCCAGGUCACUCCUUUCUCAUGACUCUACCAUUAAAAUGGCUGCUGGGAGCCCGGCUGCCCACACGAUCGGGCAGUGGAGGGAGGGAGGAGUGCGCGUGCCCUUUGACUUCACUUUUAGCCCAUGUAAAGAAACCGAAAACAAACCUUAGCCAGGUAGCCUGGAGCGCUGGGAUUGGGACCGAUCCCGGUGGUCCUUAUGAGCAGUUCUACCUGGUAGGGCUGGUCGUGAGAACAACCUCAGAAUAAAACAGGAAAUGGCCAACCUGAGAUUUUGCAGCUGUUGUGGGAAGUCCCAGCUGCUGUUGUUGCUGGGGGUGAUGGGAGCUGAAUUUAACGACAGCUGGAGAGCCUCAGAUUAGCCAGCCCUGGAAUUUAUUUAUUUUUUAAACCAUUCCCCUAAUCCUCCUGUACACUUCUACCGACUUUAACAAGCAGGAGGAUACCACGUGCCCCGCAUGGAAGGUAGAGAAGAGGGAGCAGUGCAGGACGUUGCAGUUGUGGGGUGAGGGGAAGGAAUGCAUUUGAGAAGAUUUUGCAUGGCUUGGUUUGCAUUCAUCCUUCUCACAGAUGAAAUGACUGGCUUCCUCCCAGAAAGUGACUUUCAAUUUUAGGCUUAGCAGUUCUGUUUAAAAAUACCACAAAGGUCUCAGCCUUUGGGUAGGUCCUUUUUAAAAAAAAAAAUUAAAGCCUUAUAAAAGUCUUACCAAGUUAGGGCAAUAUUUUACAGCAACCCUGAGAGGAGGAGCAAAGGACAGCCUCAAGAAUUCCGAGCUGCUCAGCUUUUGGGUAGGAGUUCAGUCUGAAAUGGUUGCCUUGAUUUAUAUAAGAAGUAAAAGUAGCUUAUUCAUCGGGUGACACUCAGGAUUUGUAGACUGAGGGAAGCGGUAAUGGGAAAAGAAUUUUCCUUGUGAAAAGAUGGACAGUUCUUAGGAAAUAACAAGCAAGUAGCAGCCACUGUUUGCAUUUUCAAGGUAGCUGUUCCUCCUCCUCCUGCAUACAUAUUUAAAAGUGUUUCUUUUCUGCUCUUCUAGUGAUAAGAUGCUCAAAGCAGCUAACAAAGAUCAAACAACAAAGCAUCUCGGAUCAUAUAAUAUUGCAACAUUUACAGCAAACCUUAUGGCAUAAAAACAACACACAGACACCUUUUUAAAAAUUACACUUAUUACAAAAUACAUAUAAUCAAGGAUAGCAAUAAUAUGUGUGAGUAUAACUGAGGAAAAAAGAAAGAUCCCUUAAACAUAAUAAGAUCCAGCCUACCUAAGAAAAAAGGGAGGGGGGGACACCUAUUCUAAGGAUAUAUAUCUCUCUUCCCCAGUCUAGGAGGGUAUCCUUUAAGAAGGGUUACCAUGACCAUUUGCUCCCAGCAGACAGGAUUUCAUGCCAGAAAAAGCAGAGGAGUCACAUGGUGCUUCGGAUCAGAACCUACUCUAGUCCGGAGGUUCCCCAGCUAAAACAGCUGUCUCUCAGCUUAAACUAACUCAUAGGGUGAUUACGAUAAGGUUAGGGUGAGGGAAUGACCCACCAUACCGGGUCAUGUGGUAGCAAGCAUGGCUUGUCCCUUUAGCUAAGCAGGGUCUGCCCUGCUUGCAUAUGAAUGGGAGUCUAGAAGUGUGAACACUCAGAUAUUCCCUUCAGGGGAUGGAGCCGCUCUGGGAAGGGCAGAAGGUUUCAAAUUCCCUCUGGUAUCUCCAAGAUAGGGCUGAGAGAGAUUCCUGCCUGCAACCUCGGAGAAGCCACUGCCAGUCUGUGAAGACAAUACUAGCUAGAUAGAGUAAUGGUCUGACUCAGUAUAUGGCAGCUUCCUAUGUUCCUACAUGACCCUCCCAGUUCUGGUCCUGUCUUGCUCCCGUGCACAGCAUCUUCAAAGAGCUUCAAAGUUUCCCCUCUUCUGCCACUUGCUUUUUCUGCCACUUUUCCCUUUGUUCACCUCCUCUUCCUCUCAUUGCCCCCUCUUCCUCCUUAGAGAGCCAAAACAACAACAACAACAACAACCUCCCUCCAAAAUAAAAAACGUUUUAACUCCUUGCUUUUACUUUCCAUUCCCCCUCUACCUAUCUUUGUCUCUAGCAUGCCAUGCGGCGUGCACGGCAAUCGGACUCCUUGUCCAAGGACCUGGACAAGAGUCGAAUCAGCUCAGGGCCGUGGAUCGCGCAGCCCAAAGGGUCCGCAACCAAAUGUCCCAGAAACAAGCAUGUGGCACCCCACCAGAAAGAAAAGGCUGGUGGCAAGAAAAGCAAGUGGGCCUCUCACCCCGGGGAAGCUUUGCACCAGCCUUCUGAGCACGUGGAAGAGGAAGGUAACGUGCCGGCAGAGUCCGCAUCCUCUUCUCGACCAGGCCCCUCUGCCCCGGCUACAGGUCCUGCGGAGCCGAUUUCUGCUGCAGGAGUCCCCGCCACAGGCGGAUCAGCCCUGUAUGCUCCUCGGGCCAGCAGCACCAAACAGCCCUCCCAGCCAGGCUCCUCGGAGACGGAGGAGCAUUAUCAACAUAGUGAGGACCAGGAAUGGAGAGACUCUCCAGAGUUGGACAGCUGUGCCCCACACACGAUCACCCGGUGGCCCUCAUCACACCUGCUGCUCAAGGAGAUAUCAGCUGCCGUCUCAGUUCAUGUCAGAACGGGUCCUCUUCCUGUGCCUCCUGCAAACCCCAUUAUAAUCCUCUUCUUCUUGCUUCACAUAUUCUGUGUAAUUCCCUACUGUCGACUCUUCGUGGAGAUGGAGGGCCCAUCAGAGCAUCUCUCAGGAGGAACAAUAGACCAAGGAUUUACUUGUGUUUGCAGAAAUGAGCAUGGAUGUUACAUAAAGCCAUAUGAAUGGAUGAGGUGUGAGUCAGCCAGUGGCUUCUCUGAAAUUGCAAGCAGACUGGUUACUGCAGACAAAUAGGUCUGCAGUAAUCUCACCUCCAAGGGAGCCUAGAAUCCAAGAUGUGCUACAAACCCUUGGGACAUCUCGCUGGCAGCGGGAGAAUGGAGACACAAUAACAAUACAUGCCAAGGAAGUCAGUUCACAGGCGAUCUAUUCUGUAUUCAGCCUGUAGGCCCCACCCUCAAAAGCCAACACAUUUUUUUUUAAAAAGGCAAGCUAAUAAAGGAUGCUCAGGUUUGAUAAUGGUCCAUUUCAUGUUUUGUAGGGAGA